AUGGAAAUAGAAAAUCGAAAAUAUUAAAAAACAUUAGAAAGUGGAUGCUUAGGUAAAGAUUAAGCUAAAUGCAAAUAGUGGAAAAUUAAUUGGGAUUGUUAAUUAUAUAAAGCUUUAGAACAUUAAUACUAAAGGGGUUUUUAACUUUUAGAUUAAAAUUUAGAAGAAAUAAAUGUUGAUUUAGUACUUUAAGGAAAGAAUAUAUAAUUAAAACCUUCUUUAGAAGAAAUAAAAGAUAAAUAUUAUAAAGAAAUAAAAGUAUUUAUUAAUUGGCCUGUUAAAGAAAUAUAAAGUUUCAGUGGAAACAGCGAUAUAUAUUAAUAAAUGCCAAAAUAAAACACAGAUUUCAUAGUGUUAGUUUAUUAAAAAGCCUAUAACUUAUUUACAAUUUUAUAAAAUGAAUUGUAAUAAUAUAAUCUUUGGAGUUAAAUUGCUUAAUUUGAUAUAGAAACUAUAGAAGAUAAAAUCUAAAGUAUGGAAGAAUGGGAAAUCAAUAUAAAAUAUAUAUAAUAGAAAAGAGAUGAAAUCGAAAAUAUAGAAGAUAAUAAAUAAAUAAACUGUUUUAAUAUAAAUAUGAAGCCAUUUAAAUAAAAUAUGGAUGAUUGUUUAUAAAACCUAAUUGAUAGUAUAGUGAAUAUUUUAAAAAGUAGUGUAAAGAAAGAUUGUGAUUUAAUUGAGGAUUUCAUUUCUGGAAGUCUCGAAAGACUUACCAAUAAGCCCAAAAGUAUGGAAGAGAUGAAUCAAGCAAGAAAUUCAUAUAUAGAAUUAAAAGAAAAAAAAACUGAAAUGGGGGAUAAGAUAAAUAAUAUAUAAAGUAAGAAUAAAAUAUUAAAAAAAAUUGUCGGAUUUGUCUAUAAUAUUGCAAAUACUGAAAAAAGAUGGGAAAAUUUUGAAGUUGCAAUAGGAGAUUUUGAUAGUAUAUUAUUCGAAUAGUCUAAAUAAAUCAGAUAGGAUAUAGGAAAAAAAGGAGAUUUUUUAAAUUAAGAAAUCGACAAGUUUUAUACUAGAUGGUAAAGUGUAAAACCGUAAAAAGUAGAAAAAUUUGAUAAAGAAAGUGCGAGGGAAUUAGGUGUUAAAAUGAAAGAAAUGUAAAGCUAGUGGACAGAUAUUGAAUAAAGGAUCGAUAAUUUAUCAAAAGAUGCUAAACAUUUCGAAAUGAAUGAAUUUAAGUUUAAUAAUUUGUUAAAUGUUAAAAAUGAUUUAUCUUCAGGAGUAGUUUUUUUGUAUUUUAUUAAUAUAAAUUUUUAAAUAAAAUUUAAAAAGGAUUCUUAAUGGGCAUUGUUUGACAAAUUUAAUAGUGAACUAGAAAAUUUAGAAAAAGAAGAAUGGAUUGUAUUUAAAAGCAGAUUAUAUGAUUUUUAAGAUUUCUUAGUUUAAUGGGAUGCUUAAUUAAAACCUUUUGUUAAUAAAACAGAUCCUAUAAUACAAUAUAUGACUGAAUAAAUAUAAAUAUUUCAUAAAAUAUGGACUUCUUUACGUCUAUGUGUUGGUGAUACAUUCGAAAGGGAACAUUGGAGAAGUCUAUUUAUACUUUUGAAAAUUCCAAAAGAAAUAAAUUUAGAAAAUUUAAAAUUCGGCCAUUUAUUAGAUGCUGAAAAUCAACUUUUCGAAAAAACAAAUGACUUAAAGGAAUUAGUUGCCCGAUCUUAAGGCGAAAUAUCACUCCGGGAAGCCAUAUAGGAAUUAAAAUAAUGGUGCGAUACAUAUUGUUUCGAAUUAACUGAAAAUAUAUCGAAUAAUCGAACCACUCCUUUAAUUAAAGAAUGGAAAGAUCUAUUAACUAAAGUAUCAGAUAAUUAAAGUUUAUUAUUAAGUAUGAAAGAAAGUAAGUUCAUUGGAAGAUUCGCAGACUAAAUAGAUUAAUUCGAAUAAAAACUAGGAGGAGUAGAUGAAUAUUUAACUAAAUUAUAAAUCAUAUAAAGAAAAUGGGUUUAUUUGGAACCCAUUUUCGGUAGAGGAGCACUUCCAGCUGAAUAAGGAAGAUUUAGACGCUUAGAUGAUGAUUUUAGAUCUAUAAUGCUUAAUAUAGAAAAAGAUCCAAGAGUAGUACUUUUAUGUUAAAUAGGAGGUAUAAGAGAUACUUUAGAAACUAUAUUAGAUUAAUUGGAGAGAUGUUAGAAGGCUUUAAAUGAUUUUUUAGAAGAAAAAAGAAGCCGUUUUCCUAGAUUUUAUUUUUUAGGAGAUGAUGAUUUAUUGGAAAUUCUGGGUUAAAGUUAAAACGCAAAUGUAAUUUAAAUGCAUUUGAAAAAACUUUUUGCAGGGAUACACAAAGUGGAAUUUGAUAAAAAAAUAGAAUAAAUACUAUCUAUGGUUUCUAGUUAGAAAGAAAGUGUUGUUUUAUGUGAAAAAGUAUAAAUUUAAGAAAAUGUAGAAAAUUGGCUUUCUGAAUUGUCUAUUAAAAUGGUCAAAACAUUAAAAAAUUCACUUAAUUAAUGCUUAGGGGAAGAUUCGUUGUAAAUAGAAAAUUUCCCAAGUUAAAUAUUGUGUGUUAGAGAGGAAAUUAUGUUCAAUUAUUAAGCAUUAGAAGCCAUUAAGGAAGGAAAAUUAGAUUCUUUAAAUCAAAAUUUGAACAAAAAACUUGAAUUUUAUACUAAAUAAGUAGGAGGAAGUGAACAUUUAACGUCUUUGAAGCUAAAAGCGUUAAUUUUAGACUUAAUUCAUCAAAUUGAAGUAAUAAAUUUACUUAUAAAUGAAGAAGUUAAGGACGUAUAAGACUGGAAUUGGUACAAACAAUUAAAAUAUUAAAUGCAAGAAAAAAUAUGCGAAAUAACAAUGUGUAGAGCUAAAUUUAAUUACACUUAUGAAUAUUAAGGAAAUGCUCCAAAACUUGUGCAUACUCCCCUAACUGAUAAAUGUUAUUUAACAUUAACACAAGGAAUGGAUAUGGGUUACGGAGGAAAUCCAUAUGGUCCAGCAGGUACAGGAAAAACUGAAUCUGUAAAAGCCUUAGGUUAAGCUUUUGGAAGAUAAGUUCUUGUAUUUAAUUGUGACGAGGGUCUUGAUUUUAAAAGUAUGGGAAGAAUAUUUAUUGGUUUAGUAAAAUGUGGGGCUUGGGGAUGUUUUGAUGAAUUUAAUCGUUUAUUAGAGGAAUAAUUGUCAGCUAUUUCUUAAUAAAUAUAAAUAAUAUAAUGGGCUAUAAAAGAAGAUGAAAAAACAAUGCAUUUAAUGUCGCAAAUAGUCGAAGUAAACAGAAAUUCGGGUAUUUUUGUCACUUUAAAUCCAGCAGGAAAAGGGUACGGAGGACGUAGUAAACUUCCUGAUAAUUUAAAAUAGCUUUUUAGACCUGUGGCUAUGUCUGUACCUGAUAACGAGAUUAUUGCGGAAACUUUACUAUACUCCGAAGGUUUCAAGAACGCGAAAGAUUUAGCUUAAAAAGUUAUUUCUGUUUUUACAUUGAGUAAAUAGUUACUUUCUCCCUAAUAACACUAUGAUUGGGGCUUGAGGGCUUUAAAAACUAUACUAACGGUAGCCGGAUAAUUAAUUUAAAGAGAGAAAAAUCAAAAAAUUACCAAAGAAGUUGAAUAUGAGCUAGUUAUUAAAGCUAUUAGAAUCAAUACUAUGAGUAAAUUGACUUUCUAAGAUACGCAGAAAUUCGUUUCUUUACUAGAAGAUGUUUUCCCAGGCACGAUUUCAGGCGAUAUCCUUUAUGAAUAAAUAAGUGAAGUUUCAAAAGAAGUUUUGAGGGAAAAUAGACUUGAUAUAAUUGAAACAUAAAUCCAAAAAAUCCUGUAAUUCUACGAGGCUACAAAAUAGCGUAUGGGGGUAGUUUUAGUAGGUCCUUCCGGUUGUGGGAAAACUACUAUAUGGAAAACUCUAAAAAAAGCAUAUGAGAAAAUCGGCUAGUAAGUAAAAAUAUACAUCAUGAACCCCAAAAGUAUGCCCAGAAGUCAACUACUAGGUCUCAUGAAUAAUGAUACUAGAGAAUUUUCGGAAGGUGUAUUGACAUCAAGUGCCAGAGAAGUAGUAAAAAACCCUGCCGAUGUAAUAAAUUGGAUAAUAUGUGAUGGAGAUAUAGACCCUGAAUGGAUUGAGAGUUUAAAUAGUGUGUUAGAUGAUAAUCAUUUACUUACUUUACCUACUGGGGAGAGGAUUUCAUUUGGGGAUAAUGUAAAUUUUAUAUUCGAAACUAAUGAUUUAUAGUUUGCAUCACCUGCUACUGUAAGUAGAAUGGGAAUGAUUUUUUUAAAUUAGGAAGAUAUUAAGGUUCAGAGUGUAGUUUUAAAGUGGCUAUCUUUAGGAAACAAUUAAAAUUAAGAUUUAUUAAAGGAAUUUUUAGAUUAGUUUUUUUAUAAAAUUUUGGAUUUUGUAUCUGAAUUUGAAGAUGAAUAAAUUGUUAAUACUACCAAAAUUGGACUGGUUAAUAAUGUACUUUCCCUUUUAUAAAAUGUAUAGACGAAAAAUUAAUUCUUUGUGUAGAUUUUGAAGGGUUUCGCAAGUAAUUUCCCCUAAUAAAUAAGAAGUAAAAUUGCUAAGUUUAUAUUUGAUUUAGGAAAUAUAUCAGCUCCAGUAGAUAUUAAUUUAUUCCCUUUAGAUUUUUAUAUAACGGAAGAUUCUUAAUAAUUAAAAGCUAUAAAAAGUCAUUAAUAAACUGAGAAUAUUUAAAAUGAAGAUUUCGCAAAUAAUAAUGAGGAAAAUCCUCUUCCCAUAAAAACUAUAGGACUAUAAAGUGACAUAGAAUUAAUAAAACCCUGGAUUUUAAACUGCCAGCCUUUUAUAAUUUGCGGACCUGAAGGGUGUGGUAAAAGUAUGUUGAUUAGAAGUUCUUUUGAAAUAUUAAAAAACUUAAACUAGAAAAUAAGUAUAGCUACUAUAUUUUGCAACGCCUAGACAACUGCUUAAUAAAUAAUAUAAAAAUUAAACUAAAUUUGUAUAAAAGGAACUUUUGCAUAAGGAAGAAUUUUAAAGCCUAAAGAAGCUUCUCGAUUGGUAAUUUAUCUAAAAGAUAUUAAUUUACCGAAACCCGAUAAAUACUUGACUAUUUAAUUAAUAGCUUUUCUUUAACAAAUAAUUACCCAUAAAGGCUACUAUGAUGAUUCUUUAGAGUUCAUUUACUUAGACGAAAAAAUAUAAAUAGUAUGCUCAAUGGCACCUCCUUCGACUAUUGGAAGACAUUAAAUUUCAACUAGGUUUACUGCUAAUGUAAGGAUUCAUUAUAUGUAAUAUCCUAAAAAAGAGGAAUUAUGUGAAAUUUAUGAAUGUUUUUUUUUAAAAAAUAACCUUAAAAAUAAUAAUAUGGAAAAAAAAAUGGCUAAUACACUAAUAGAACUUUAUUUUGGAAUAACAAAAAUAUUUAAUGUAGACUAAUAAAGACACUAUAAUUUUACGCCAAGAAAUUUAACUUAGAUUGUUUUCGGAAUGAGUAAAUAUGAAAACGAUUAAUAAAUUAUUGAGUCUUUUUUGAAUGAAAUUAAUAAAACUUUUAAAGAUAGAUUAAUUAAUAUUCAAUAGUAAAAUUAAUUUGAUGAAUUUGUUUAUAAUUUAUUGAAUUAAAAUUUCCAAGUUCAAAAAAAUUCGCUUAAAGACAUUUACUUUGCCUAUUAAAAUAACAAAUUUACUAAAUUAUCCAAAAAAGAUUAUAUUUAAUACCUAUAAUAAGGCCUGAUGUUAUAUGAAAGGGAAUUUAAGGAGAUGAAACUGCAUUUAUUAGAUGAAAUUUUAUCACUUUUAUCUAGUCUAGACCGUGCUUUAUCCCUAGGAGGAGGUAUUUUAUUAUGUGGGAAGAGCGGGAUAGGUCGAAGAAGCUGUUUAAGUUUAAUUUGUGCAAUUUUAAGGAUGGAAAUAAACUCUCCUUGUACUAUGAGAGAUUAUUCAGUUAGGGAUUUUAAAAAAGAAUUGAAAAUAAUACUCGAAAAAGCUGCAGUUUAAAAUAAGUAAAUGGUUUUAUUUAUAGAAGACCACCAUGUAUAAAAAUCCGAAUUUUUGGAAAUUAUAAACAGUCUAAUUUCUUGUGGAGAAAUACCCGGUUUAUUUUCACAAGAAGAAAUCGAGCAUUCUUUUUCGAAUAAUAUAGAAGAUAUUAGAAGGGAAUAUUACGGAAAAAGCUUAUAUGAGAUUUUCUGUUUAAGAGUAAAGUAAAAUCUCAGAGUAGUCCUAAACAUGGACUUUACUAGUAAAGAAUUCGGCAAUAAUUGUGCUUAAAAUCCUGCUUUUUUUGCUAAAUGUACUGUUAUUUGGUUAAGUGAAUGGAAAUAAGAGUCUAUGAAAGUUAUUUUAAUGAAUGAAUUAUAGGAAGGAUUAUUUAAAUAAGUUUAAAAUGAAAAAUAAUAGGAAAACAUUGUUAAUUAGAUUAUUAAUAUUCAUGAUUUGGAAGUUAAGGAAAAUCAAGCAGCCCCUUUAAAAUUCUUUUAAUUUGUAGAAACAUAUAAAAAGAUUUUUGAAGGAAAAAUUAAUUCAAGAGGAUCUAAAAGUUAACAUCUUAAAUAAGGCCUAAAAAAAUUACAAGAAGCUAAAGAUAUGGUCGAUUAAUUAGGAAAAUAAGCCCAAUAAAAAUAAAAAGAAUUAGCUUAAAAAUAAGCGGAAGCAGAUACUGCUUUAGUUUAAAUUUCAAAAGCAAUGUAAGACGCAGCUGAUAGAAAAUAAGAAUGUGAGCAAAUCAAGCAUUUCUUAUAAUCAGAGGAAGUAAAAAUAUAAGAUUCAAGGAUAGAAGUAGCUGAAUAAUUAAAAGAUGUCUAACCAUUAGUAGAAGCAGCUUAAAAAUCAGUUUAAGGAAUUUAAAAAGGUGAUUUAGAUUUUCUCAGAAACUUAAAAAUGCCUCCACCUGUUAUACAUAAUAUUAUGCGAGCAGUUCUUCGUGUAUUUGAAAAUAAUGAUGAUCGUUGGACUGAAAUAAAAAAAUUUUUAGGCAAUAGAUAGGUUUUAGAACAAAUAAUUAACUUUGAUCCUUCUAUAAUAACACCUAAAGUCAGAAGAGAGGUAUAAAUAGCUAUAAAUGAGAACGAAUCUUCUUUUAGAAAGGAAGUUUCUUAUAAUGCCUCGAAAGCUGUUGGUCCUAUGGCUGAAUGGGUAUUGGCUAUAUUAAAAUAUUCUGAAGUAAUCGAAAAAGUUCUUCCUUUAUAAUAAAAAUUAUAAAAAUUCGACCAGAAAUUAAACGAUAGUAAAUAGAAACUAAAAGAAAAUGAAAACGAACUAAUAAAGCUGGAAUAAAAAGUAGAAAGUUUAAAAGAUAAUUUUUCCCAAAAAACCUCCGAAGCCCAAAAACUCAAAUCAGAUUUAAAAAAAGAAGAAGAAACCCUAAAUAUUGCCUCUUCACUUUUAUCUAAAUUAGCCGACGAAAAAAUAAGAUGGGAACACCAAUCUUUAUAAAUAGAAACAGAAUUUCAGACUUUCCCAUAAAACUCCUUAUUAGCAGCUGCUUUUACCACUUAUUUACCUCAAAAAGACGAAAACUAGCGUGAAAAAGCGCUUCUCAAAUGGAAAAAAAGCUCUAAUAAUAGCGCAUUUAACUACUUAAAAUUCCUCACUACAGAGUAAUAAAUACUCAAAUGGAAGCAAGAAUCUCUCCCUUCAGACUCUCUUACACUUGAAAAUACUUUAAUUUUACAAAAUACAUCUAAAACUGCUUUAAUGAUAGAUCCAAAUGGUUAGGCUACUUCUUGGUUAAAAAAAACACACUCAAAUUUAGAAAUACUAAAUUUUUAAGAUUAAAAAUUCUCGAAUCAACUAGAAUUAGCAGUUCUUUUCGGAAAAACACUCCUGAUUUAAGAAAUGGACAAAAUAGAACCUAUUCUAGUCCCUAUUUUAAGAAAAGAUUUGAUCCAUUAAGGGCCUAGGUGGGUUAUCUAAAUAGGUGAUAAAUACAUUAAUUUUUCUGAAAAUUUUGUUCUUUUCUUAGCGACAAGGAAUUCUUCUAUAUAAAUAUAAUAAUCAAUACAGGCUUAAAUAUGCAUUAUUAAUUACUCAGUGACUAAAAGUGGGCUUGAAGGUAAAUUAUUGUCUAUAAUAAUAAACCAUGAAUAGCCUGAUUUAGAAAAUAAAAAACAGGAGCUUCUCGAAAACGAAUAAAGCCUAAAAAUUCAACUUGCAGACCUAGAAAAAACACUACUAGAAGAACUAGCAAAUUCUUAAGGAAAUAUACUAGAAAAUACCGUCCUUUUAGAAAGCCUGAAUCAAACUAAAGCCAAAAGUUAAACUAUUACUAUUAGUUUAGCCGAAAGUACCAAGCUUUAGGAAAAUCUAGAUACAUAAAGAGAAGUAUAUAGGACUUUGGCUAUAAAAGGUGCUUAAUUAUUCAUUACUAUAAGCGAUUUAUCUAAAAUAAACAAUAUGUACAGAUUUUCAUUAUAAUAUUUCAUCAAUUUAUUCUCUUAAUGUCUAAAUACACCAAAAAAAGCUUCCGAAAUAAACCAAAAACUAAAAGAAUCUGAAAACCAAUUAAAUAAAAUAAUCUUCAACAAUAUUGCAAGUUCCCUUUUUAAAGCCGAUCGAAUGACCCUUUCCCUUCAUUUAAUAAAUGAUAUUUUCCCUUAAUUUUUUGCUGAAAAUGAAUACUAGUUUUUCCUUGGAAAUAUACUUUCUAUAGAAAACCAAAACACUAAUUUCCCUAAGUUUCUGCCUUAAGAAAAUCGCGAACAAUUCUCUUCAUUUAUAAGUACCUUCCCUUAAUUAAAUAAUUAAUUAAACUUCACAUAAAAUGCUAAAGAAUGGGAAAAAUGGUCCAAAACUCUCGAAUGUGAAAAAGCCUUCCCCUAAAACAUCAACAUAACUCCCUUUUAAAAAGUCCUUGUAGUCCAGAUAUUCCGUCCAGAGAGACUUCAGACCUCUCUAAACGAUUUUAUAUGCGAAAUUCUCUAAUUAUAGUCACUUUCAGGCAAUUAAUUUUCCUUUUAAUCCCUAAAUAAAGACGAGCCUUCCCUAUUUAUCCUUUCUCCCGGUUCUGACCCUUCUACAGAACUCGAAGAAUACGCAAAUUAAGAAAUCGGAAGAGAAAACUAUAUAUCUAUGUCUAUGGGAGGUAAUUAAAACGACAUAGCUUUAGAAAAACUACGCGAAGCAUAGAACAAAGGUCUUUGGAUUUGCUUAAAAAACCUCCAUUUAGUCACCAGUUGGCUCCCAGUAUUAGAAAAAGAGAUUAAAAACACCCUCUAGAACGAAACUACUCACAAAAACUACCGCGUUUUCCUCACGACGGAGCCUCACGAGAAAUUCCCUGCUAUAUUAUUAGAAACAUGUCAAAAAAUAUCAUAUGAAUCACCCCCUGGAGUCAAAAAAGGUAUCGAGAGGAUACUAAAUGGCUGGAAUAAUGAAUUAUUAUCAAAAGGAAAUACCAAAAGAGCCCAAUUGAUGUUCUCAGCGAGUUUUUUUCACUCCAUUUUGGUAGAAAGAAGGACUUUUAUACCCUAAGGAUGGUCUAAAAUAUAUGAAUUUUCCUAUGGUGAUUUGCGUGCGGCCAUUUAAAUUAUUGAAAACCUACAUAAUGACAAUAAUUUUAGUUGGAAAACACUACAUGGUUUAUUCGAAAAUGCAAUCUAUGGAGGAAGAAUAGACGAGUUUUUCGAUAUGAGAGUUUUAAGGGCAUAUAUAGACUAAUAUUUUAAUGAAAAAAUACUCAACGGAACUUUUUUAAUUGGAAAUCUAAUAAAAAUGCCCCAAAGUAAUAAUAUUAAUGACUUCUAGGCUAUAAUUGAAGAAAAAAUGCCCGAAAAUGAUACUCCAUUGCUUUUUGGGCUUCCUUAAAAUAUAGAUAAAGCUGUUUAAAGGUAUAAUACAUAAAGAUUAAUAGAAAAUUUAAAAAAAAUAAAAAAAACAUCUCUUUUAGAAUUAAAAUUCGACAAAAUUUAAUGGCUUUAAAAUCUCGAACCGAUUUUCCUUUUAUGGAAUACCCUAAAUAAAAACAUAAAAAACCUACCAUAGAUUAAAAACCAAGACCUAUUAACUAACGAUCCUAUAGAGUCUUUUGUAUUUUUGGAAGCCUAGUAAUCUUUCCUUAUGUUAGAAAAAAUAAACUAAUAGAUAAAUAAUCUAUAAAAAGUACUCGAAGGAAAUGCACUAUUAACAACCGAAAUUCAUCAGACCGGAAAUGACCUUAUGUUAGGUAAUAUACCCGAAAAAUGGCUAAAAAUAUGGGAAGGAGCUGAAAAUCCAUCUUAAUGGUUAAAAGGCUUUACUACGAGAGUGUCUUAGUUAAAAAAAUGGUUAGAAAAUACUAAAAAUAAUACUCUAGUAAAUAAUAGUGUCAAUUUAGCAGAUUUAUUCCAUCCGGAUGUUUUUUUGAAUGCAGUGAGGUAAAAAAGUGCUAGAUUAAUGAAAAAACCAUUAAACGAUUUAAAAAUAGUAUGCUCUUUUGAUAAUAAGAAAAUUUAAAGUCUAUGUCCAAUUGUAAUUAAAGUUAGUAAUUUGUUACUUUAAGGGUGUAAUAUUGAAGGCGAAUUUUUGUAAGAUGGAGGUAGUGACAUUCCAGAGUUUAUUUGUUUAGAAGAAUUAUAUUUUGGAUUUGUGGAGAAAAAAUAAGGGGAUAUUUAUGAUUAGAAAAGCUUAGGGGAAUUCCCGAUUUUUGCUAAUAUUUUUAGAGAAUAAUUGAUUGCUAAAGUUAAUUUGCCGAUUAAAGGAUGUUUUAAUAAAAAAGUAUUAGCGGGAGUUGCUAUUAUUUUGUAAAAUAAUUGA